AUGUCAUUAUUACAUUUCAAACAUGAGAAGUUCUUCAAUAGGUGUUUAACUGCGUUACCUUCAAGUGCAGCAUCGGAAGAUUCAAAUAAAUUGGCCAUUAUUUUCUUUUGCCUACAAGGACUACAACUUUUGAAGAAGCUAGAUUUCACAAAAGAAGAAUGUCAGUUUCAUGAAAAUUACAUCUGGAAUCUGUUUUUCAUUGACCGUGAAUCCUAUGCAACGUUCAGGUCAACGUCGUACUUUAGUCAUGUUGGAGAGACCUAUGAUUAUGGUAAUAUAUCCGCUUGCUUUUUUGCGUUGGCGAGUUUAGUGACUCUACAAUCGGAUUUAAAGAGGUUGGAUAGAUCAAAAGUUAUGAAGUACCUAAUAAGGUGUCAAGUUGGUGAAGGGCCUAACAAAGGUGGGUUUGUACCCUUUUACAAUGAGUAUGGCUUUGGAGAACCCGAUCUAAGACAAUGUUAUAUGGCUUUGCUUGUUCGGAAAUUGCUCAUCUAUCAUGAAGAUAUUGAUGAAGAUAUUAAUCUAAAGUCGUUGCAGGAAUUUAUACUAAGCAGAUUGAAUGUUAAUGGUGGAUUUAGCUCAAGAGUGUUGGAUGAAGCACAUCUAGGGUUUACAUUUUGCGCUAUAGCGUCUCUCAAACUACUCAAGUUUCCUGUUGAGGAGCUCGCCAAUUCUCAAAACUGGCUACUUCACAGACAAAUAUUCUACCCCAGCCUGCUAUAUGCCUACAUCAAUUAUGAAUAUUUCAAGGAGCUGGAUAUUGGUAGCUUUAAUGGACGGGAGAACAAACUUGGUGAUACAUGUUAUUCUUGGUGGUGCACUGGCAGCUUAUUCUUGAUAAAUCCAAAAAAUCUAUCACUUUUGGAUAUACCCCCAGCAGAGCGCUUUCUUUUGAAUUGUACACAAAAUAAAAUAAUCGGUGGGUUUUCUUCAAGAUCAGAGGCAACACCGGAUCCCAUGCACUCAUGCCUAGCACUUGCAAGCUUAUCAUUAUGGGACCACGAAAAAUAUGGUUUGGACGAAAUCGAUCCUGUCUUUGUCAUGCCGAAAAGGCUGCUAGAUCUGUAUAGAUUUCCGUAG